AUGAACCAUGUUUAUCACGCCAGUAUUAUUGCCGAAGCAGUUCGUCAAAUGGGACUUACACACCCUUGGAAUGAAAGAGCAACCGCUCCUCGUCUUGCUCUUCUUGGUAAUGGAUUGGAGAAUUUUAGUCAGCCUGAGAGUCUUGUCCUUGCCAUUGACAAUAGCCAAUACGGCUUCCACUUCGUGGUUAUCAACCAGCAUGAAGGCAUAACGGAGAUGGUCCGUCGCAACUAUCAUCCUUAUACUGGAAAUGAAGAUGCUUCUGAAAGGGCGUUUUCGUUCCAACAGGCGCUCGAGGAUGUUGUCAAACAGCCUUUCGAAUACAACCCAGGGGGUGGCAAGAUAUCGUAG